AUCACUAGCUCAGAAAUAGAAGGGACUUGCCUAUGGUCACACUGAUAGCGGGCUGGUGGCUUCUAGUCCCAAGGAUCCCUGUGUUGGCACAGCGUGUGGUUAGAAUUUGUUCUGUCUCCGUAGGACCUCCUAAUGCAUUUGCACAGGCUGUUUGUUCACGGUGCAAGGACGUGAGGGGAUGGGUGGGGCUGGAAUCGGAUCAUGCUCCGUACAUCGGCCAGGGAUAAAGGGGCGCCUUUUGCUAAUCGGCACGAGCGUGCCCUGGGGGCUGAGUACACUCAUCCUGGUCCUUUCCUUCCACCCAGACUAUGAGCCUCAGGAGGAGUGGAGCUCCUGGUCCCCCUGCAGUGGGAGCUGCCGCAGCGGCAGCCAGCAGAGAACUCGGCCCUGCGGCUACGCCUGUACUGCCACCGAGUCCCGGGCCUGCGACCUGGCCCCCUGUCCUGGCACCGAAGACGAACACACCUUGGGCUUUCCCAGUGAGGGGUGGCAGCCCCUAGCCCACAAUGCUACGGAUAUGCUUGAUCCAGAUGUGGACAGCUGUGAGAAGUGGCUGAACUGCAAGAGUGACUUCCUAGCUAGGUACCUGAGCCAAGUACUCCAGGACCUGCCCAGUUGCCCCUGCGCGUACCCGCUGGAGGCUGUGUACAGUGCCGUGAGCCUGCGGGACGAGCAUCAGGGGCGCAGCUUCCAGUGGCGGGAUGCCAGCGGCCCACGGGAGCGCCUGGACAUCUACCAGCCCACAGCCCGCUUCUGCCUUCGCUCCGUGCUGUCGGGGGAGAGCAGCACCCUGGCCGCCCAGCACUGCUGCUAUGACGAAGGCAGUCGACUGCUGACCCGAGGCAAGGGGGCUGGAGCUCCGGACCUCGUCAGCACCGACUUCUCACCUGAGCUGCACUUCAAGGUAGACAGGUUGCCCUGGAUCCUGUGCAAGGGGGACUGGAGUCGCUACCACACCGUGCGUCCCCCCAACAAUGGCCGGGCCUGCGCGGACAACCCGCCCGAGGAAGAGUACCUGGCCCAGCUGCAGGAAGCCAAAGAGUACUGAAGAGGGAUUAGAGAAUGGUCCUUCUGCCCCGCCCUGCCCCUGCUGGGCACCGGGCAAGGGUUAGGGUGCAUCUGAGAGGCCCU